AGAGAGGAUGCUCCGCCUCCAGCCUUACUAACCUUCAUAACCCAGAGUCACACUGCUCCAGUCUGCCUGGGUCCAACUGCUGAGACUGAGAAAGCCCAGAGGACCUCAGAGAUGACGACUAGCUGCAUGAGGUCAACCCUGGAGCCUGAGCAUCGACUAAUGACGCAAGACAGCAGACACUACCAGGGGGCCACAGACGACUCAGUGAGCAGAGAGACAGCGACAAUGAAGGGUAAUAAAGACAAAGACGAGAAGGAGGCUCUCUGCGCAGGAGACCAGGAGGAUGACCAGCAGAAGAAACCCCGUCGGAAGGACACGCCCGUUCUGAACUGCCCUCCACAUUUACCAGGAGUGCGACUGCUCAAGGCGGAGAAGCAUGUGGUUCACUUAGAGGACGCAGAGAAAGACGUUAAUUAAUUUUUUGCCUUUGUGUAUUUGUCAGUUUAUAUUUAUUAUGUUGAACGUAUCAAUAAAUGUUGCUUUGGCCAAAUGAGACCAGUCUGAGUCUCUCACUGCUCCGGGUCCAUAAAAACUGCAUAAAACUAUUAUAAACUGUAGAAAAAUUGUAGAUGGUAUUUUUGGCUCCCCCUGAUGGUAGGCAGGAGAGGUUUAUUCCAAUUAAAAUGAGUCAAAAAUAACAAAAAGCCUUGUUUACGUGUGGUAAAACGUUUAUUCAUUGCACUGUAAUAAAAUCAGCUAAAAUCCACCUUCUUCAAAGACUUAAUACUUUGUGUUCUACUCUUUGGUCCAGCGUGUGAGAAUGUGUGUUUUUGGUGUAGAAAAAUCCUCCCUGCAAUUACACAGCUUAAU